UAGAGGCUCGUCGCGCCUGCGCGGAGGGCCGGACGGCGCGCUGCGUCGUUACUUUUGAAACGAGUGGCGGGGAAUUGGUGUGUACAUCUCUGCUGCCGCUCUCUGCCGGGUGGAAGCUCACUCCUUCGUCUGUAGGACCGGCCAUGGCGCUGCAGCUUUCCCGGGAGCAAGGCAUCACCCUGCGCGGGAGCGCCGAAAUCGUAGCUGAGUUCUUCUCAUUUGGCAUCAACAGCAUUUUGUAUCAGCGUGGCAUAUAUCCAUCUGAAACCUUUACUAGAGUGCAGAAAUAUGGACUCACCUUGCUUGUAACAACUGAUCCUGAGCUCAUAAAAUACCUAAAUAAUGUGGUGGAACAACUGAAAGAUUGGUUAUACAAGUGUUCAGUUCAGAAACUGGUGGUAGUCAUCUCAAAUAUUGAAAGUGGUGAGGUCCUUGAAAGGUGGCAGUUUGAUAUUGAGUGUGACAAGACUGCGAAAGAUGACAGUGCACCCAGAGAAAAGUCUCAGAAAGCUAUACAAGAUGAAAUCCGUUCAGUGAUCAGACAGAUCACAGCUACGGUGACAUUUCUGCCACUGCUGGAAGUUUCUUGUUCAUUUGAUCUACUGAUUUAUACAGACAAAGAUUUGGUUGUUCCUGAAAAAUGGGAAGAGUCGGGACCACAGUUUAUUACCAAUUCUGAGGAAGUCCGUCUUCGUUCAUUCACUACUACAAUCCACAAAGUAAAUAGCAUGGUGGCCUACAAAAUUCCUGUCAAUGACUGAGGAUGAGAUAAGGACAGUGAUGGUACUUGUAAUUCUCAGAUGUGGUUUUCCUGAAACCAAGUCAACUAUAGUUGAUACAUUUUGUUUCGUUGGUUAAUUUUUAGGUGGGGAAAACUUCUAUUGAACUGUGCAUAAUUGUUCCAUUUUUUGGUACCUGUAUGACUUUAUACAGGGUUGACAUAAAUUAUUGCACAUUGUUCAAAAGGGAACUUGCAGAUUACAUCAGCACUGUUAUGUCAAUUCCUUUGAAGGUGGUAACUGUAGAUGGAAAACUAUUGCUAUAAAGCUAAAUGCCUUUGGUCAAGUACCUUGACUCAGAAUAUAGGUUACAGAGAUACUGCAAUAUAAAAUACAACAAAAGAAGUCUCAAUAUUCACAGUCUUUAUUUAGAUCCUGAAAUUAUCUAAUGAUAAUCUGUAAGUAAUGAAAUAUUGUUCCUAUUGGAUACUUUUGCCAUUUAUUUCAUUUGUAUAUUUUCCAUAUUGAAAACAUUUCCAAUUAUUUGAUUUUAAUUUAUAUAACUUGAACCUACAAAGCUGUGUAUAUUGCCACUGUUUAAAUUCCCGUGAUAUAGAACUCUUAAGAAUUUUUUUAUGUUUUACAAAAUCAAGCUUUAAAUAAUGAUGUAAUAAAGUUAAAAUAUGUAUGUUUUAAA